AUGAGUGAUAAGCCAGACUUGUCUGAAGUGGAGAAGUUGGACAGGUCAUCACUGACAAAAACUAGCACCAAAGAAAAAACUGAACUCCCCUCAAAGGAAACUACCCAGCAAGACAAAGAGUGUGUUCAAAUGUCAUAA